AUGAAUCCUGCCGGGAAGGAGAAUGACAUGUUUUGUCAGAGGGCGGUGGCCCUGAUUGUUGACCUUUGUCUUCAAAACAGCCACUUCCUGGACUCGGAUACCUGCCAGGACUAUCUCUUACUGCUGAGAAACCCCAGCCCCGGCCCGAAGGAGACAGACUUGUCUUUCAGCUUCCUCCUUGCUGUGCUAGCGCUGUGCGGUCUUGGCUUGCUGGGGUUCUGCGUCUUCGCCUCCUGGAAGCUGUGCUGGGUGCCCUGGCGCCGCAAGGCCCUGUCCUCUAGCUCGGCCCCCCUCGCCCCCGCCGCGUCCCCCGAAGGGGGCGGAGACGACCGGCCGCCCUCGCAGCCCGCCUGCGGCCCCGACGUCAUGGCGGCCGAGAAGGCCAAGGACCCGCUGGCCUCCGUCAGCUUCCUGGAGGCGGCGGUGAAGAUCAGCCACACCUCGCCCGACAUCCCUGCCGAGGUGCAGCUCUCCAUGCGAGACCACUUCCUGCGCCGCACCCAGCGCAUGCAGCGCCAGACCACCGAGCCCGCCUCCUCCACCAGGCACAGCUCUUUUAAGAGACACCUGCCCAGGCAGAUGCAGGUGUCCAGCCUGGACCUGGGUAACGACUACGUGGAUGUAGACGCAGACCUGGACGAGCAGCCCACCAGCAUCGGCCGCAUCAAGCCCGACCUCUACAAGCAGAAGACGCUGGAAACGGAGGAGGUGCCUGAGAACGGCGGCAAGACGUGCGGCAAGAUCAACUUCUCGCUCAAGUACGACUACGAGAACGAGGCCCUCAUCGUCAACAUCCUCAAGGCCUUUGACCUGCCCGCCAAGGACUUCUGCGGCAGCUCCGACCCCUACGUCAAGAUCUACCUGCUCCCCGACCGCAAGCGCAAGUUCCAGACGCGCGUCCACCGCAAGACCCUCAACCCCACCUUCAACGAGUCCUUCCAGUUCCCCGCCACCUACGACGAGCUCGCCACCAGCAAGCUCCACCUCAGCGUCUUCGACUUUGACCGCUUCUCCAGGCACGACAUGAUCGGCGAGGUGAUACUGGACAAUCUGUUCGAGAUGUCGGACCUCUCUAGGGAGACGUCGAUCUGGAAGGACAUACAGUACGCGACCACCGAGAGUGUAGACCUGGGGGAAAUUAUGUUCUCACUCUGCUACCUGCCCACGGCUGGGAGACUCACCCUCACUGUCAUCAGGUGCAGGAACCUCAAAGCCAUGGACAUCACAGGAUACUCAGACCCCUAUGUGAAAGUGUCCCUCAUAUGUGAUGGAAGGCGCUUGAAAAAGAAGAAGACAACCAUCAAGAAAAACACUCUGAACCCCACCUACAACGAGGCCAUCAUAUUCGACAUUCCUCCAGAGAGCAUGGACCAAGUCAGCCUCCUCAUAUCCGUCAUGGACUACGACAUGGUCGGACACAAUGAGAUCAUCGGGGUGAACCGUGUUGGGUGCAGUGCAGAAGGGCUUGGUAGGGACCACUGGAAUGAAAUGUUGGCUUACCCCCGCAAGCCAAUUGCUCACUGGCACCCCCUGCUGGAGCCCAGGAAGUCUGAAAAAGAGUGGAAAGGACGCACUGCCAGCUUCGACAGCCAAGGGUCCUGCCCUUCCCCCAAACCUCCCAGCAGCCCCUGA